CGCCACUCCGGCCGCGCCGCGCCCGCCCCCGGCCGCCACUUCCCCUGAGGGGCCGGGCCGCGCCGGGUCGGGCCGCGCCGCCGCGCCGGGAGAGGAGCGGAAAGUGGGGAAAGCCCGAGAACUUCCCGUCUGCCUGCUCGCGCCUGCCCCGCCGGGCUCCGCCGUGUCCCUCCAGAGAGAUGUCCGAGGUUCCUGCUCAGUGUUGCAUCAAGCAGGAAAGAAUUUCGUACACACCUCCAGCGAGCCCGGUACCAAAUUACACUUCGUCACCACUACAUGUCCCAGUGCCUCAAGCGAUCAGGAUGGAGGAAGACACCAUCAGACUGCCAGCACACCUGCGUUUGCAGCCGGUUUACUGGAGCAGGGAAGAUGUGGCGCAAUGGCUGCGGUGGGCAGAGAAGGAGUUUUCCUUGAGGCCCAUUGAGAGCAGCACCUUUGAGAUGAACGGCAAAGCCCUGCUGCUCCUGACCAAAGAGGACUUUCGAUACAGGUCCCCUCAUUCAGGUGAUGUUUUGUAUGAACUCCUUCAGCAUAUCCUGAAGCAAAGAAAAGCUCAUAUGCUCUUCACACCUUUCUUCCACCCUGGGAACUCUAUCCAUGCUCAGCCAGAGGUCAUAUUGCACCAGAAUCAUGAUGAAGAUAGCUUUGUGCAGAGACCUUCGAGACCAUCUGCAGAAGCAGUCCACCACAACCCCCCAACCAUUGAACUGUUGCAUCGCUCGCGGUCACCCAUCACCAACAACCACCGUCCAUCGCCAGACCCCGACCAGCGGCCACUGAAGUCCCCCAUGGACAACGCCUUCCGUCGCCUGUCCCCAGCUGACAGGGUGCCAGGGACAAGGCACCAGCAUGAGAACAACCAGCAGGAGCCCUAUCCUCUCUCAGUGUCCCCAAUAGAAAACAACCACUGCCCACCUCCUUUGGAGAUGCUCCAGAAGCCCUCCAGCCCUCGCCAGGAGAACACCAGGGUCAUCCAGCUGAUGCCCAGCCCUAUCAUGCAUCCUUUGAUACUGAACCCCAGGCACUCCGAUUUCAAACCACCGAGGUUGUCCGAGGAUGGGCUGCACAGGGAGGUCAAGCCCAUCAACCUGUCCCACCGAGAAGAGUUAGCUUAUAUGAACCACAUCAUGGUGUCUGUCUCCCCUCCCGAGGACCACGCAAUGCCAAUCGGCAGGAUAGCAGACUGUAGGUUGCUUUGGGAUUAUGUUUAUCAGCUGCUUUCUGACAGCCGGUACGAAAAUUUCAUCCGAUGGGAAGAUAAGGAAUCCAAAAUAUUUCGGAUAGUGGAUCCCAAUGGGCUGGCCCGUCUGUGGGGAAACCACAAGAACAGAACAAAUAUGACUUAUGAGAAAAUGUCCAGAGCCCUACGCCACUACUACAAACUAAAUAUUAUCCGGAAGGAGCCAGGACAAAGGCUUUUGUUCAGGUUCAUGAAGACCCCAGAUGAGAUCAUGAGUGGCCGGACAGACCGCCUCGAGCACCUUGAAUCCCAGGAACUGGAUGAACAAAUGUACCAAGAAGAUGAGUGCUGAAGGAAACAGGUGCACCUCCUCUGUGGGUCCAGGGGAGAAACAUCUGCCUGAUGGUCUGAACGGUUUGGGAGGGGAAGCAAGAACACAGGAGCAGUACUUGAGGUCGCCGCUUAGCUUGAGGACCACGCAGGACCUGAAGCACCUUAACAAAACAAACUAACAGGAAGAAGUGGUGCUGGCAGGAAAGCAAAGGAGAGAAAGCCUGGACUUAUGCAGUACUUCACUGUUCCUACAAAGUCUCCCUUGAGUUUUUUCUUUCUUUUUGGUUUGUUUCAGUUUUGGGGUUUUUUGUCAUUUUUUUCCCAAAUAAACAUGCAGUUUGACUUUCCUUAUCUCACAUAGGACAAGACAUCAGAUCAUGCUUCUUUUUUGUUUUUUUGUUUUUGGAAGGCUUUCCUAUGGAAAUAGAGUGCUCUUAUUUUCUGUGCAAGUCUCAUGACACACCACCGCAUAAACAAUAGCAACACAGAAGGGAUUUGCUCAAGGCUUCCAGUUUGCUUGGAUCAAUUUAUGUGCUGCCACUGGGAAAUGUGUUGAAGCUAUCAAAAGAAUUUCUCAUACAUACCUGUCAAAUGAAGAGGAGACACCUUUCACAUAUAGGCUGGGCUGUCAUCUCAGCAUAGCUUGGGCUCACAAAGAGUACUCCGAGUGGCUGUUAACUGCUGGAAUAUGGACCAAAACCAAUCACCUAAGUGCUCCGGAGAGGAGAAAAAUAAAUGUGACAAACCUCUGCAAGUGACUAUCAGUUAACAUUUUCCCUCCUUCUAGCAAAGAAGUGAUAGAAUGGAGCAGGGGGAAGGGAGGGUGCGGAGAAAUACAUAUAUAUGUGUGUAUAUAUAUUCAAAAGAUAUAUAUAUAUAUCUAUAUAUAUAUAGAUAUAUAGAUAUAUAUAAAAUCCCCCCAGUAUAUUCACAAUACAGAAUUGUGAAUUUCAGUUCAGAGUUUUCUAUAAAGAGGGAAGACUUAAGCAUCUGUAAUUACAGAAGAAAAGGGUGUUUCUCAUACUUGCUAGCAGUUUUGGGGUGAAAGGUGAAGGACUGUUCCUUACAUCAUAGGGAGAAAGCAAAGGGACUCAUUACAUGGUUUGUGUUACUCAGAAUCCUCUCCAGGAUCAUUUUGUGCUGCUGGAGAGGUAGAUGAUUCACCACUCUAAAAACUGAUGUUAGAGAACUAGAGACCAAAUAGCUAUACUUAUAAUUGAUUUUGGCUUUGUUUUGGGAUUUUUUUUUUAAUGCGUCCCACUGCCCUCCCCCAUCCUACAGCUCUGCCAUCAAGGAAGCUUGUCCCAGCUUGCCUGUUUUUAACAUGAUUUAAGACAAGAGAAAAACAAACCCUGCAGCCAUGUUGCUUUCGUGGUUUAGGGUUUUGUUCU